UUGAGAAUUUAAUUCAAUCAUUCAUGGCUGGUUCCUGGACUUUUCUGACUGUGUGUACUUUCUCUAAUAUUAUCAAUUUGUUCCCAAUGGCAUUGUUGCUUGACCAAUGUAAUAAGAUUUUAUGAACAAUUAUUUAUGAAUCUUAAAGAUUAUAUUUAGCUAAAGUACCUGUACUGAGUUUUGGGGGAAAGGCAAGAAAAGUGGUAGAAGAGAAAGAAAUGAUUAAAGGCUAUCAUUGCUUAGGUAAAUCUAAUAGUACUUAUGGGUAAGUGAAUCUAAUAGUAAUAGUACGUAAGUAAAUCUAAUAGUACUUAGGGGGUGAUACUUGAUUGAAAUCUGGUCAGUUAUUGACAUAUUCUUGGAUUCCUUAUUUCUGUCUAGCCUAGGUGAAAGUAAAGAUGCUAAGACUCACUGACUCAGCUCUUUGAAUGUUAAGAGCACUGGUAGCAUCGAAGGCUGUUUAAAUUAGUUGGUAACAAAGUCUAAUUUAAUCCACACAUCAUUUGCAAUUUCAAUUAUGGGUGCACAACCCAAAAAUUGGGGGAUAGGAUAAAACAGCAUGUUUUUUCCAACAUAAGAAACAAAACUGCCCCUCAAAGAGAACAGCCUUCUCGAUCUUGUAGGUCUAGAGUUUUUUCAAAAUCUUUUGUUAUGGGUGUUAAAUUUUCCCUUGGUCCCCCCCCCUCACUUUUCAACCUUUGUCGGAGCCCAUGUCAUCAUGUUUUUUGGGACCCUGAUUCUGACGUUUUAUGCUCUGAGGAGUGUCAGACAAAAAAGCUUUUAGUAUGUUGUAAAAUGUUUGCUUUUUUCAAAGCCAUUUUCAAAUUCUGUACCGCAAAAAAAUUGUUCAAAUUUCAAUUACGUUUGAUAGUGGGGGUAACAAAAAAUCUCAGGGAGCUGCAAACCUUAUAUUUUCACCAAAUGAGGCCACAAGAUGGUUUCACACAUUUUUAACCCUAUAAAUGAAAAUUACAAAUAAUUGGGUGGUUUGCAGAUGCCCCAGAGGGGUUGAAUUCUGUCAAAAGUAUAGGUCAGAAGUUCUGCGAUUUGAUGAAAAGGAACUAGCGAAGAAAUGCGACAAAAUUUUCAAGUAAAGGGUUUAGUCUAAACCUUUUUACUACAUUUUUCAUCCAAUCCGCUGGCAGUUCUAAUUUUACCUGAUCGUACGAUGUUUUUAUGUUUUGCAAUUUUUGUUUUCAAACAAAACAACUUGUUUUUCUUCUGUGUUGGAGUGAGGUCAAAUCUGAAACCGAGGUUGAAUAGGCCUACUACUUUUGUUGUUUGUAGUAUUUAAUGCUGGAGCUUGACGAAAAAGGAUAGAAAUGAGGUGUUUACAGGUCACAGACUAUGAAAAUUCCUUGAUAGACCAACUUAAGUCAGAUGAUGCCUCGUGUCAACUUGAAGCAAUAAGGAACAUAAAAAAUGCUGUUAUUGGGAUUAAAAGUAAGAAAUCAGCCUUCAUUGCAAAGGGAUUGAUUCCGAGGUUGCUUGAACUCAUGGUCAGAAGCAAUGCUGGCAUUGAGUUUGCAGUUGAAGGAGCAGCCAUUUUGGGGAGCUUUGCAAGAGGUCUUCUUCAUUUGCAUUUUGUUAUGCAGAUUUAAUUAGGAUUGAGAUAUAUACUAAAUUGUGUUUUGCAGUAAACAUUUAUAUUUUGCUUUGAAUCAUGUAUGAGUAUAACACAACUUGGUUGUUUCAAUUUCAUUAUUAUUCUUACUGCUAUUCAACAGUAAUGACAGCUAUUUUUCGAUAAGAUCUAAAGAUUUACAUCACAAAGCUAAUGCUCCAAACAAAAUCUAAUGUGACACUGUGAGAUUUGGCCAUUGUGAUGCUAAAUCUGUUCCAUGCUAACAUUUAGCGGGAUAUGCUUUGUAACUCAGCCACCCUUUUGACAGAUACUUGAUAUAGUGGUUGUGCU